AAGAAUUUCCUCCCAGAGAAUUUGGACUUCUCAGACCUUCCUUCUCUCAGUUUUCACAUUCGUGACUGUUUCAUCUCUCAACGUUUCACUUGCCUGCAGAAGCUUCCAAAGGACAAUGAACUUACAGCAGCAAUAACCACAUGUGGCUCCCUGGGAAUUCAUUACCACUUGGGGUCCCUUCAGUAAGUUGCAAAACAGCUUCAUUUUACUGUGACCAUCAGACCUUACCAGCAGCUUGUGUAUGUGUUUCAUCUUAUUCUCUGCUGCAUAGCUAAGGAAAGUGAAUCUAAGGACUAAGCAUUUCUGAUGUUGCAUUAUGAUUUAGAUUUCUUGUCAGCAUCUAUUAUAGUUUUCCAGAAUCAGCCUCUGACCCAUAGAGGAUCAGGAUACAAAAGAUACCAGAUGCUUACAGAAACACCGACCCUACACAUAGCUGGAAAGUUAUAUUUAGGGACAGAAGUACUUCUAACCCACUAAGGUAGGUUUCUGCUGGGACUUGAACAAUCUGCUCUUCAGGCUGUUGGCCACUGUUGUCAGAGGUGUCUACUGGCCUUCAAUAUAGCAAAGGCUGGCCUGGGCAAUCAUGUUGUCUCACUCAUUCUACACCCUCACAGCAGUAGCUGCUUUGCUACUGACUUGCCACGCACGGCGUCAAUGUCCAGGAAAUACUGGUCGACCUGAAACCCCUGGGCUGCCUGAAAGAGAUGGCCUGAAAGGACAGUCACAUCUAAGUCAAGGUUUCACUGGACAAUUUGGAAGCCCAAUGAGGCCUCCUAGAAGAAAUAGUCUUCCUUGGGAACAAGGUCUGCCUGGCUCUCUGGACCCUGAACCCCACAGUGAUUUAGUGCAUUUGAAACACCGACUUGCCAGGCUUGAAGGAGUGCUUGUUUUAAAUGGGAAAAUAAGAGAAGUGGGAGAUAAAAUAUUUGCCAGCAAUGGGAAGAAAGUUGAUUUUGCCUCUGCUCUAGCAUCCUGUGAAGAGGCUGGAGGAACUCUUGCAACUCCCAUGAAAGAGGAGGAAAACAAAGCUGUUCUGAGCAUUGUGAAAGAGUAUAACCAAUAUGCUUACUUGGGCAUUACAGAGGGUGAGACUGCAGGGCAAUUUAAGUACAUAAAUAGCAUGCCUCUGAAUUAUACCAAGUGGUACAAAUAUGAGCCUAAUGGCAAAGGCACAGAAAAAUGUGUGGAGAUGUACACUGAUGGGACCUGGAAUGACAAAAAAUGCAACCUGCAUCGCCUCACAGUCUGUGAAUUUUAAACAGUGGCUUCUCAACCACCUCAGAGCGUGGAGAUAAUGAAAUAUCCUGCCUCUGCUUUAUGCAAUUGCUGUAAUUCUCCUAUCUCAGAAAAAUCUAAAAGUAAUCAUAUUGUGGGAUUUUUUAUCCUUAUAAAGAUAUCAAAUGUGUUAGGUGAUUAACUUCAAUAAAAUUUGCCUAAUCUGA